AUGGUUUCUUCCUACUCCAUUACUUUGCAAUUUCUCUCCGUUUUUGUACCUUCCAUGAGUAAUUUUCCCGUAUUUUUCUCUGUUCUCUUGUGUUUCUCCACUCUAGUAUCAUCCCAACUCAAUGAACUCUUUUUUCCAGGCUUCAAAGAUUUUAGCACCAACAUAACCUUACGUCAAGCUGCAAUAAUCGAGAAAAAUGGUAUUCUUCGUCUAACAAAAUAUUCCGGUCUUACAGAAGGUCAAGCCUUCUAUCGCUUGCCGAUCCAGUUCAAGAACUCCACAAAUCAACAAGUCUUUAAUUUCUCUUCCACAUUUGUGCUAGGUAUCGUCUCUCGCCUUCCAGAUUUUGGUGGCCUCACCUUCACCAUAUCACCAUCUAUUGAACUCAGUGAUUUACCAAGUCAGGAUCUAGGACUCCUUAAUCAAACCAAUAUGAGAAACUUUACAAAUCCUUUAUUUGCCGUUGAGUUUGGUACAGUUAAAAUUAUUAAGCCUGGUGUGAUCGAGGGCAACCAUGUUAACAUCGCUAUCAACGGUUCGUUUUCGAAUGUAUCUCCAGCUGCAGCAUACUUCGAUAACAGUUCAACCAUACACAACUUGAGUCUAACGAGUGGAAACCCAAUCUUGGCAUGGAUCGAUUACGAUGCAUCUGAAAAUAUACUGAAUGUCACCAUCUCUCCAAAUUAUCCCAGACCAAGAUUGCCCUUAUUGUCUUAUAAAGUAAAUCUUUCACCCAUCUUUCAUGAGUUCAUGUAUAUUGGCUUCACUUCUACACCAGGAUUUUUAGAUAGUAGUUAUAUUCUAGGGUGGAGUCUUAAAAUCAAUGGGGAAGCUCGAGCUCUUGAUCUCUCUUCUCUUCCUUCAAUUCCUCAGAACAAGAAAAAGCAGACAGAUAUCAUAAUUAUAUAUUUUACUGAAUGCCAACUGAUCAAACUUUGUCUCGUUAAUUUCCAAAUAGAGAAGUUUCUAUUUGACUUAUUUAGUGAAGCAAAGGAGCUUGAGAUUGACGGAAAGAAAAGCUUCAACUUGACAGUUUUUAAAGUAUCAUCCAUUAUGUUAGCCACAGAUAACUUCUCCUCUCAAAGUAAACUUGGAGAGGGUGGUUAUGGACCUGUUUAUAAGGGUUUGUUGUCUGACGGACAAGAAGUAGCAAUAAAGAGAUUAUCAAGAAGAUCAAAACAAGGACUAGUGGAGUUCAAGAACGAGCUUAUAAUAGUAGCUAGAUUACAACAUAAUAGUCUGGUGCGGCUCUUGGGUUUCUGCAUUCAAGGGCAAGAGAAAAUUUUGGUCUAUGAAUACAUGCCAAAUAAAAGUUUGGACACUUACAUUUUUGAUGCUAAUGAAAGAAGGUUGUUUGAUUGGAAAAAAUGUUUUAACAUCAUUGAAGAAAUAGCUCAUGGACUACUUUAUCUACACAAGCAUUCAAGACUCAAAAUAAUUCAUAGAGACCUGAAAGCCAGUAAUAUAUUGCUUGACAAAAAUAUGAAUCCCAAGAUAUCCGACUUUGGUAUGGCAAAAGUGUUUGUUACAACGGAAUCUGAAGCAAAUACGAAUAGAGUUGUGGGCACACGCGGUUAUAUGGCUCCUGAAUACACUAUAGGCGGCAUCUUCUCUGAGAAAUCCGAUGUAUUCAGUUUCGGAGUGUUGGUUUUGGAAAUCAUAAGUGGUAGGAGGUGCAACAACACUAUCUUUUAUGAUGGCAGCCCUCUCAACCUUGUUGGAUAUGCAUGGCAGUUGUGGAAGGAAGGUUCAUCCAUGGAACUAAUGAAUCCAACACUUUAUGAUUCAUGUUGUGAAGAGCAAGUUCGGAAAUGCAUUAACUUGGCUCUGCUUUGUGUUGAACACAAUCCAAUAGACAGACCUAUCAUGUCAGUAGUUGUUUCUCUGUUAAUAACAGGUGAAGGUGUGAAAUUACCGGUGCCAAAACAGCCUGCAUUUUGCAUUGAAAGAAAGAUUGUUGGGGACAAAGCAAGUGGCAUAAACAAGGCAGAGAAUACAAAAAAUAACUUAACUAUAUCUGUGCUGGAGCCACGAUAAAGGACACUUGGAAACAUCUCACAGUAGCAUGAAUUCAGGAGAUAUUGUUCCUAUUCUGUGGCCCUAUAUGAUUUCUCCCCAUUAGUUUAAAUUGGACCUUUUUCUUUGUAUAAGGUGAAUUGCACAAAUAAGGGAUCUCUCUUUUCUUCUUCCUUUCU